AUGACGGAGCAACUGGUGUCUUUUAUCCAGAGCGAUAACUACUACGAUAAACCCGCCCUUGACCGCGCUGUUACUGGUGUAGAUGCAGUUAUUUGCGCCUACCAAGCCGAUCCCGAGUUGAAUCUCGACGGGUGCCUCUUGCUUCUUCGCGCUGCGGAAAGAGCAGGCGUCAAGACGUUUGUGGCCCGGACCUGGAAUAGUAACUGGUUGUCAAUUAAUUUUGGCGACUUCGAACUAUACAACAGCGUCCUGGCAUUCGUCGAUCAUGCUGCAGCCACGAGUCCGAUCAAGCCAGUGUAUAUCAUUACAGGCUUCUUCGCUGAUUAUCUACUUCUGCCAGGCAUGGGGCCCUUUGAGUCGGAUGGCAAGUCAGCAAAGCUUCAUUACUGGGGGGAUCUCCACAAGAGGAAGAUCCCAUGGACUCCGAUGGAUGAUGCUGCAGAGUGGACUAUUGAGCUUCUGAAGCAGCCUGAUGUGGUAGCUGGCAAUGGGGGCAUCUUCAAGUUUCAGUCCGGGGUGAACACUCUUGAAGAGCUAGCAGUAGAAUAUGAAAGGGUGACGGGCGUCGCGGUGGAAUUCGUCAAAGAAGGGAGUGCUGAAGACCUUCAUAAGGAGCUGCAGGCAUCAAAAACCGCCAAAGGGAGAGCUGGCUGGCGCGAGUACCUAUGGCUGUCUUGGUGCAAUGUUGCUCUUCAGGGUAAGUGGGAGUUCCAAAACCCCCCAAUGGCUAUGAAAGCAACUCCGAGCACUUUUGGCAAUGUCUUGGCGAAGCGUAACAUAUAUUAG